UGCCCCGUUCCCGCCAUGCCCAUCCGCGCCCACUGCACCAUCUGCUCCGACUUCUUCGACAACGAGCGGGACGUGGCGGCCGUGCCGUGCGGGCACACCUUCCACCGGCUCUGCCUCAUCCAGUGGUUUGACACCGCACCGAGCCGGACGUGCCCGCAGUGCAGGAUCCAGGUCAGCAAAAGACACAUCAUCAAUAAGCUGUUUUUUGAUGUUGCCCUGGAGGAGCAGGCAGCACCGGAUGCAGAGACCUUGCAGAAUGAACUGGACAAGGUGAAGGCUCAGCUCUCCAUGAAAGAGAAAGAAAAGCGAGAAUGCCAGGCUGUUGUGGAUGGGCUGAGGGACACUCUGGAUGUGCGCAAUGCCACGAUAGAGUCGCUCCAGAAGGUGCUGGGAGAGACAGAGAUGCUGUGCUCCUCUCUCAAGAAGCAGAUGAAAUUCCUAGAGCAGCAGCAGGAGGAUAACAGAAGUUCAAAGGAGGAGGCCCGCCGUCUGCGGAACAAGCUGAGAACCAUGGAGCGGAUUGAGCUUUUGCUUCAGAGCCAGCGCCCCGAAGUGGAGGAGAUGAUCAGAGAGAUGGGAGUCGGGCAGGCAGCAGUUGAACAGCUUGCAAUCUAUUGUGUCUCACUGAAAAAGGAAUAUGAGAACUUGAAGGAGGCUCGGAAGGUCUCUGUUGAGAUGACAGAGAAGCUGAAGAAGGAGCUAUUUUCUGUCAAUAACAAGCUGCAGAAAACGACUUCAGACUUGGAGAAGACGCAGGAGGAGUUAGAAAGCACCCAGAAGGAUCUGAAGAAUGCAGACAAAGAGAUCUUGAGUUUGAAGAAGAAGAUAGACAUCCUGCAGGACACUCUGAAGGUCCCAUCUGUAACCAGAGAGACACUCAGUCGCCUAAUCUUUGAGAGCCCCGUUCCCGUGGAACUGCAGCACCCGAAGCUGCACCGCCCGGCCCACAGCGAUGAGAUCAACCUAGAUGCCACUUUUGAUGUGGACACCCCUGAGCAUCAGCCCUGCACAUCCCCCUUCAGCCCUGCAAAAAGGCAGAAGCUGGAUAAAAGGCCGCCUCCCGUGGUAAAUCUGGCAAAGAAAGUUCUGAAGCAAACAGUGGAGAACUGGGAGGAUGAUGUGGAGGAUGAUGCUCUUAAAGGACUCAUGCCAGCAUUCAUCAGGAACUCUGCUCUCUGCAAGAAGCCAUCUUUGGGCAGCUUGCUGGGUUCCCACAAGAACAGGGGCAUUGUGAGGACAGGGUACGAUGGCAUGGGAGGCAGAACGAAGUUCAUACAGCGUACAAACCUGGCGGAAAUCCGUCCGUUAGCAGUGAAGAGCAAGAAGAAGGUGUCCAGGCCAGCAUCUGCAGCUGCUUCCACAUCUUCCUCCAGCAGCAACCAGGCCAGACUGGACAGUUUCCUGCAGUGAAACCCCCUGGCUUCCUGGGAGAGGCUGGGAAGGGGCUGCAGGGAGAGCACACUCACCCAGAGCCUGGCACAAAGCAAUGUGCAGCCACCACUGUGUGGGGGUGCUGUUUGCAAAGCACUGACGGUGCCUUGUGGGUGAGACAAGCUGCCCUCUGGAUAAUGCUUGGACUGAGUUACCCACCUCAUUCUACCACUCCUUCCUUCUUUUUUCAUGCAGAAUCAACAGGGGGGUUUUUUGUCUUCUGGCCUGCUCAGAGCUCUGCAGUUGCUGCUGCUUUGGGCUCUCAGACAUCAGACACCAGGUGGAACUGCAUUUCUUGGAUGCAGCCACAAGCUAGAGGUGUGGAAGGGGUAUCUGGGAUUGGGAGUCUGGGGGAGGAGCAGGGAGAAGGGACCUGGAUCAGCUCCAUGCCUGAUGUAAAUAGUUCCAAGAAAGUUUCCUGGAGGAAGAAGUGUGCAGAGCAGGCUGUGUUGCUGUGGAAUGUGUGUAUAUUCAUCAUCAAAUUAAACACCUUCCCUUGACCACAGGCCUGUGUGGGCUGGGGAGACCCACAGAUGGGCCUGGGGGCUGUGCUGCCCUACCCUGUUUUGAGCCAUGAAGUCCACUGAGUUCUUGCAGGCUUGGCACUGACACUGCUGACUGGGGAGAAGGGUGUUGAGGUGAUGCCCUGCCCUGCUUAGAAGCAGAGAUAGGUGUGCUGGUAUGACCCCUGUGCUUGGCAUGUGUUUGUGUGAAGCUUGUUUAGGAAUUUCUAUUUUUUUAAUAAGACUGUAGAGUGGUUUUGUUAUUUUGUAACUGUUCUGCCUAGCGAUUUGAGGAUUUGGAAUGGCCUGAAGAGGUGCUGAGGAAUGGCUCCCUUCAGGGGAGGGGGAGAGCGGUGGGGCUGAACCUGUCUGGGCUUCUUCAGCUUGAAGACAUGGAACAGGAGCUCCCAUCCUGCCCCCUGAAGCAGGGCUGUCCGAGCCGCAAGGAACAGACGUGGUGAGGCACCUAAUGCAGCACUCUUGUACAAAUCUGAUGUUUCCCAUUUCCAGCUGCUUCAGGCUGGAAGUCUUAGUUCCUGGACUGGCUAAAAAACGUGUUUUUAGGGAAUAAAAUAUACUGCUGUGCACGCUUGUUAACACAA